GAAAAUUAUAAAAUUAGGAUGACUGUUCACACUCAAAAACACAACACACACAAACGGCCUAUCAUAUUAUACAAUAUAAGAUUUAGAUCUAUUGUGUAUUAUUACCUGUGACUUUUUAAUUUGACCUGAAGAGACACAAUAAUAUAUAGAUCUAGAAUAAGAAUGGCAACAGAUUACAAACAAAAUAAAGAUGUAAAACUUAACAUUAAUAACAAAGUUGGCGAUGAAAUAUCUUAUAAAAGAACACCUUUACAAUUGUCUGAAUUGAAAGGAAAGUAUAGUAACAAAGAGAGAAAAGCCUUCAAAAGAAAAUGGAGAGAAGAAAAGCUUAUUGCAGAAAUGGAGCGACAGAAGCAGAUAAGAAAAGAACAAGAACAGAAAUCAAAAACAGAAGAGGAGGCAAAGAGAAAGAGAGAGAGAUGUGGUCGAUUGUAUACAGUAUCCAUAGCUGUCCCUGGAUCUAUAUUAGAUAAUGCUCAGUCUAUAGAACUAAGGGCAUAUCUUGCUGGCCAGAUUGCUCGAGCUGCAGCUGUGUUCAAUGUUGAUGAAAUUGUUGUCUUUGAUGAAAUGAGUCAUACUGGGCAAGACACUACAACUACAAAUUUCAGUGGCUUGAAAAAACCUGGUCAUGGGAACACACAAUUGUUUCAUAUUUUACAAUACCUGGAGUGUCCCCAGUAUCUACGCAAACAGUUUUUCCCUUUUCACCCAGAUCUCUCACAUGCAGGCUUGUUAAACCCUCUAGAUAUUCCACACCACUUGCGAGAGACUGACGUCAGUGAGUAUAGAGAAGGAGUUACUUUAAACAAACCUGUCAGUACAAAGAAAGAAGCAGGAUCAUAUGCCAAUGUUGGUUUGAAAAAGGAGGUUAUUCUCAACAUGACAGUGCCCAAUGGUCAGCGAGUGACAGUCAAAUUGAAUGAACAAACAACAGAUAAAAAGAAUCUUACUGGUAUAGUUGUGUCACCAAAUGAACCAAGGGAAGCUGCUGGUAUCUACUGGGGCUAUACUGUGAGGCUAGCAUCCUGUCUGAGUCAAGUGUUCACAGCAUCCACUUAUGAGGGUGGUUAUGAUCUUAUCAUCGGCACUUCAGAGAGAGGAACAUUAGUUGAAGAUAUAGAGCUCAAAGAAUUCAAACAUGCCAUAGUUGUGUUUGGGGGUCUGAAAGGUCUUGAAGCAAGUCUGGAGUCAGAUACCACCGUUAAGUCUCACAAUCCAAGAGAUAUAUUCCAACAUUAUCUCAAUGUUUGUCCCAACCAAGGAAGCAGGACUAUACGUACAGAGGAAGCCAUUUUAAUAGCAAUGACAGCACUUUCACCAAAACUUACUCAAGUGAAUAAACAAAAUUUAGUUUCCUAAAACA